AUGUGGGUUUCGCAUGAGAACUUCCGAGAUGUUGUUGAAGAGGCAUGGAACGUUCCAGGUGUGUCUAUGGGUUUUUUCGGUUUGGCUACUAAGCUGAAAAAAAUAAAAGUGGUUCUAAAGGAGUGGAAUCGUUGGGUCUUUGGGCGUACUGAGCUUAAUAUUCAGGCCUUGGAAACUCAGAUUGAUCAUUUAGAAAGCCAACUUCAGGGUGGUUUCUCAGAGGACAUCGAGUUGGAGUUACUGGUCGCUAAAGAACAACUUGAUUUAUGGAUUCGAAGAGAAGAAACUAGGCUUUCACAACAGACUUCAGGAUGGGACGUGCCUAUCGAUAUUCAUUUAGGAGCAGUGGAUUUUUUUAUGGCCUUCCUUCAGGCUAGACAACAUAGAGAUCUCUCAGAUUUGUCGAGUGGUCGUGGUCUUCGUCAAGGAGAUCUUUUAUCGCCAUAUUUGUUUAUUCUGGUUGAAGAAACUCUCUCUUGUUUGUUGAAACAUAAUUUUGCUACUGGAAAAAUUGUUCCGUUCUCUCAUCUCCGUGGUACUCCUCUGAUUUCUCACUUACUCUAUGCUGAUGAUAUUGUGGUCUUUACCAAUGGAGGGAGAUCUUCCUUGAAAGCUAUUAGAGAUGUAUUUGCGCUAUAUGAAGACUGGUCGGGUCAGAUGAUUUCUUACUUUGAUGAUCUCUUGACUCGUAUUCGGGGUCGUUUGGAUGGAUGGCAAAAUAGAUUUUUAACGGCUGGUGCUCUUUUUAUUUUAUUGAAAUAUGUUGUGUCGAGUAUUCCGGUGCAUUUGUUAUCGGUCCUCUCUGCUCCCAAGACUAUGGUGGCUUCUUUAAAUAGACUCAUGAGUAAAUUUUUUGGGGGCACUUCGAAUGGGAAGCCAAAGCUGAAGUGGGUGGCUGCAGAAGAUCUGCUCCCCGACUCUGGAAGGGGGCCUGGGCUUAAGGAAACUAGAGGAAGUUCAAUCUUCGCUAUUCAUGAAGAUGGCUUGGAAUCUCUUGACCCAAGAUUCGCUAUGGGCUAA